AUGAUAUUGAAGAAGUUUCUAGGAAACUGUGUCGAUUGUAUUAAGUUCAAAUCAGAUCCAGUAAGGGCAAGGGUCCAUCACUGGGAAUAUCCAAGUGCGCCUUGGGAACGCAUUCACGUAGAUUUUGCAGGCCCUAUUUUUGAACGAAUGUUCUUGAUUAUCAUUGACGCACAUUCUAAAUGGCUAGAAGUGUAUACCUUAAAGUCAACAAAUUCCUUUCAGACAAUUGAAUGUUUGAGAGACUGUUUUGCAAGAUACGGACUGCCUUUAGUAGUAGUGAGUGACAAUGGUCCUCAGUUCACAUCGGGGGAAUUUGAAACUUUUAUAAGGAAUAAUGGAAUUAAACACAAAACGUGUGCUCCAUUUAAACCGGCAAGUAACGGGCAAGCAGAGCGGUACGUUUACACCGUUAAACAAGCAUUACGUGCAAUGCAAGGUUAUCCAGGAAAUAUUAAGCAAAAACUUGCCAUAUUCCUCAUGAAUUAUAGAAAGGCACCGAACAUGACAACCUUGUUAAGUCCAGCAAUGUUAUUCUUAAAAAGAGAAAUUAGAACUCGAAUUGAUUUAGUUGUUCCAAAUCUUAAACGAAGAGUGGAAGAACGCAUCCGAAGGAAUACUUAUGAUUUCAAAGACAGAAAUUUUGAGAUCGGAGAAAAGGUUGCCAUUCGGGAUUAUAGAUCGGCAAAUUCCCGAUGGAAAAUUGGCAGAGUGACAAAUAAGGAUGGAGCGCUGCAUUAUACCAUUGACGUUCAAGGAACUUUACUGCGCCGGCACGUCGAUCAGAUCAGAUCGGUAGGGAGCGAGGUUCCGUCUGCACCGGUAAUCUAUGAACCUCGUAUGGCUGCUACUUCAGAUGGCAACGUGAAGCCACAGGCUCCGGACAAGGACAUCGAACAAAGAAGUGAAGUUGUACAAACUUCAGCCGGACUUGAAACAUCGUCAGUUCCAAGGAAAACUGAUCCAGUCCUUCCAGUGGAUCCUGAUAAAGAGUUGUAG